AUGGUCAAGACAUCCGCUGUCGCUCAACAGGUUCUUGAUCUUUUCCAGCAUGUCCAUGGCGACAAGGGCUUUGGAGUUCCUGGCAUCAAUGAUCCGGUCAAUGAACCAACUGUGGCUCCCAUCACAGGGUACAACAACCCGGCGCCUAACGGGUACCAGAAGGCACCGAAGUUCCAGUCCAAGAACAAGCUGGCAGACGAUGCUGCUCGCCGAGCAUCCAAGGCCUGCCCUGACAAGGUGCUUCCUGUUAUGACCCAGACCCGGGGUCACUCUAUCGCCUCCAAUGUCGACGUGGCAAUGGCUCGCCAUCUCGAUACCUUCAGAGCUCGCCAAUUUGAAAAACAGCCACCCGGGGGCUAUCGCAGCCUGGAACGAGGCGAGGAAGACUCUGAUGCCUUCGCCGUCAACUGCGUCAAGCAUAAAGCAGUGCUCCGACAAGAUCUUUCGGAUAUGAAUCCCAUCUACUUUCCUGCUGAACCUCGCUCUCCCGCGAUAAUCCGGAUUGGAGCGCCAGCCGGCGUCUGGAAGGAGGACUUGGACUUGGACUUGGACUUGGGUAAACGCAAAACAUCAUCUAAGCCGCCAACGCAACGUGAGUCUCGAUCUAGCACCCCUAAUGAAGUCUGGAGUAACAAGGGCCAGAGAAGGGCCGGUGAAUGGGACGGUGAACUACCCAAGCAAGACGAAGCUCUCAAGAAAGGUCAACCGGCAUAUUACACUGUUACUAUUAACAAGGCGUUUUCUCUGCAGUUCAGCUAG